CAUCCCCCCCCCCCACAGCUGCAGUUCCCUCUGCCCGAGUUCCUCCUGGCUCUGGGUUUCCUGCUGGUGUUGGUGCUGGAACACGCGGCGCUGGCGCUGCACGAGCGGCCGGCCGGGGCGCAGGGAGGAGGAGCAGAAGAAGAAGAUGAGGAAGACGAGGAUGCGAGCAGAGCCCUGCUGACGAGCGGAGCCCCCCCGACCCCCCCCGGCCGCCCGUCCCCUCUGCGGGCCGGGCUGUUGGUGCUGGCGCUGGUGCUGCACGGAGCUUUGGAAGGCUUGGCGCUGGGGCUGCAGGAGGGCGGGGGGGCCGCGCUGCGCCUCUGCUUGGCUCUGCUGCUGCACAAAGGCUUGGUGGCUUUCGGGCUCUCCACGCAGCUCCUGCGGGGCCGCCUGCGGCGCGGCGCCGUCGUGGCUUCGCUGCUGCUUUUCUCCGCCGCGUCGCCCCUCGGGGCGGCGGUGGGGGCGGCGGUGGAGGCGGCGGCGGGGGGGGGAGCGAGGCAGAGGUUGGGGCGCAGCGUGGCGGAAGGGCUGGCGGCCGGGGCGUUCCUUUAUGUCACCCUGCUGGAGGUGCUGCCCAGGGAGCUGGGG